AUGAGCGGCAAUAAAUUCCCCGUCGAUCUCAAGCUGUUCAAGCAACUGAAGCUUGACCCGAAGACCGCACAGCUAUCAGCCCAGCAAAAGAGCGACUUGCUACACAACAUCAACAUUUUCAGAGAUGCCAUCAUUGCCUUUACAGCGACGGGCGCUGCCCGUGGAGUUUCGGGCCACACUGGAGGUCCCUUCGAUACAGCACCAGAAGUCUGCAUUUUGCUUGCUUUCAUAAACGCGAACCCCAGCAAAUGGGUCGACGCUCUGUAUGACGAGGCUGGCCACCGUGUCGCCACACAAUACUUGCUGGCCGCCCUGGACGGCAAGAUUGAGCCUGAUCACCUGCUGGAAUAUCGUGCUGCUGGCUCCCACCUUCCCGGCCACCCCGAGCUCGGUCUCACCCCCGGCAUCAAGUUUAGCUCCGGUCGUCUGGGCCACAUGUGGGGUAUGGUCAACGGCAUUGCUAUGGCCAACCAGGAUAAAAACGUGAUUCUGUUGGGCUCUGAUGGAUCCCAGCAAGAAGGAAACGAUGAUGAGGCAGCACGCAUUGCCGUGGCUAAAAAUCUGAACGUGAAGCUCUUCAUCGAUAACAACGAUGUCACAAUUGCUGGACACCCUUCGGAUUACCUCAAGGGCUUUGAUGUUGCUGGGAACCUUAAGGGACAUGGCUUGAAGGUCCUUAGCGCCCAGGGCGAGAAUAUCGACGCCCUAUAUGGCGCUAUGUGCGAAGUCAUCAACCAUGACGGACCCGCCGCUGUUGUUGUCAACCGCAAGAUGGCUCCUGGAAUUGAGGAAAUUGAGGGACAAUGCAAGGCGCACGAUGUUAUUCCCGUCGACAUUGCUCGCAAAUACCUCACUGGGCGCGGCUAUAGCCAGGAGCAGCUUGCUUUCUAUGAUAAUAUCAAGCCUGGCUCAAACCCCCACACGUACAAGGGUUCGACCAAAGACAAGGGCUCGAACCGCAACAUUUUCGGCGAAGCCGUGAAUGAUAUUCUUGACAAAUUGAGCAAGGAGGAGGCUAAGCGUCGUGUCAUGGUUAUUGACUCCGACUUGGCAGGCUCCACCGGCCUGAAGGCUAUCAGCGCCAAGCACCCCGAAUCCUUUAUCGCAUCUGGUGUCAUGGAGCGCGGCAAUUUCUCUGCUGCCGCUGGCUUUGGGUUCCGCAGCAAUGGAGAGAGACAAGGUGUCUUCUCUACCUUCUCUGCCUUCCUGGAGAUGUGCAUCUCCGAGAUCACCAUGGCUCGCCUGAACGACUGCACCGUCCUGUCGCACUUCUCUCACAGCGGUGUCGACGAGAUGGCCGACAACACCUGCCACUUCGGUCUGAACCACUUCUUCGCCGAUAAUGGUCUGAUGGAUGCCGAGACUACCACCCUGUACUUCCCUGCCGAUGGCGAGCAGAUGAAGGCCGUAGUCAAUGAGGUCUUCUGGAACAAGGGCCUGCGCUUCAUCUUCUCCACUCGUUCCAAGGUCCCUUACAUCUUGAAGGAGGGCACCGACCAGAAGCUCUUUGGAGAGGGCUACAAGUUCGUUCCUGGCAAGGAAGAAGUCAUUCGCAAGGGCUCCGCUGGUUACAUCGUCUCAUACGGUGAUAUGCUCUACCGCUCGCUUGAUGCCGUCGAGAACCUGCGUGCGGAGGGCCUUGACGUUGGUCUGAUUAACAAGCCAACUCUCAACAUUGUCGAUGAGGAGACCAUCAAGUUGUAUGGCUCCUCGCCAUUCGUCCUGGUUGUUGAGUCGAUUGCGCAGAAGACUGGUCUCGGCUCUCGCCUGGGUACCCAACUCCUUGAGCGCAAUUUGACCCCCAAGUUUAAGUCUCUGGGUGCUAACAAGGAGGGCUGCGGUGGUCUGUACCAGCAAGUCAAUGCUCAGGGCCUUGGACCAGAGCAUAUCAUCGCUGCGGUCAAGCAGGUGGCUGGAAAAUAA